AUGAUUACCAUAGCUCAACCAAAUGCUAGUAUUUCUGAUUUACAAAUACAAUUAGGUAUUUGUUGGGCACAAAAUGCGCCUGAAGCAAUAGUUGAAUUAACAACAAAUUUAAUAAGUGAAAAAACAGGACUUGCAACAACAACAACAACGACGCAAACAAGCUGUUUAACAAUGGCACCACCGAAUACAACAACGGUCGUAGCAUCAACAUUUACUAAAGGACAAGCUUGUGAUUCUGUGGAACAUUUAGAGGAAUAUAUCCUAGAUUAUAUUCAAUAUUAUACACAAUUAGGGAUGUGCAGUGUCGGUAUAAACACUGAAAAACUGACCACUGAGCACACCGACUUCACCAACUACGCUGGAAACACCGAUUGA